CCUCCAGCACCCUUCCGUUACAUCCGCACCUGCCUUCUGUGUUAACUUAAAAGUUCCACUUUCUAGUACCGAUAUUCGAAAUGUAUUAUACCUAACAUACAGAUAAUAGUGUAUGUAUUCAUUGGCUGCUGCGUAUUGACCCGGUAUCUUGACCUUUGACCCGAAUGUCCAUUCAAUGAUAGGAAGAUUUUACAAUUAAUAGUGAUUUGUGUUCAAAUAUGGUAAAACGUCGCGUAUCAUGGAGGAACUAACAAUUCUCAUACACUAAAUUAUGAAGCAGGACGAUGUAUUUCAAUAACAACCCCGGAGACAUUAUGGAUGCCCGCAAUAUUGCAGUGGACUACGUUCAAUAUCGACUGCGAAAGCACGGCUAUAUGUGGCAAAAUGGACCAGCAAUGGAAGGUGUUUCAUCCGAAAUUUUUCAGACUAUGAGAAGCUUGUGUGAUGAAUUCGAGGAAAGAUACCACAGCCAGUUUGACGAAAUGUGUGAACAGCUAGAUAUUACACCAAAUACAGCCUAUCCGACUUUCCACGCAGUUGCAAACGAGUUGUUCGGAAACGGAAUUAACUGGGGGAGGAUUGUUGCAUUGUUUACAUUCGGGGGAUCGCUUGCUGUGAAAUGCAAUGAAAAACAAAUUCCUUUACUGGUUGACAAUAUUGUGGACUGGAUGUCAACGUACGUUAAAAACAACUUAAAUCAAUGGAUUGCCAGUCAAAAUGGUUGGGAUGGCUUUGUGGAAUUCUAUGCACAAGGACAAGAAAGACGAAAUGAAAGCCCGUGGCCUAGUUUAAAGCAGAUUUGUGGGUAUGCUGUGGGCGCUAUUGGAGUGUUGACACUGGGUGCCAUAUUGACUCAAAAAUCUUGAGAUGGAUACAUUACUCGAUGUUUCUCUGGCAUAUUUUCAUCAACAAUCGGACCAGCGAGGAAGUGAGAAGUUAACAAGUUCAUAAACACAACAGUGUACCUAAAGAAGCAACAGUAGAUGGGAGUUUGAUGUGUACUUUUGUAGCUUGAACUCAGCUUAAGAUACAGAGAUGCCAACAUCUGCAGUUAUUUUCAUACUAUAACCAGACUUCUCAGCCUUUGUGCAGUUCACCCUUUUAAAAUAUUGUUUAAAGAUAAAUGAGUAUUAGGCCCACUUUCCAUUAACGCCAGUUUAUCAAUACAGGGCAUUUAUAUAGUACCUUUUCCUUAUAUGCAAUUCCACACAGGUAUUCAAUGCGCUGAAAAAAGUCGAUCAAUGAGCGAUUUUUAUGCAUGCAAAUUUUCAGCGCGGUUAUCUCAUAACAUGAAGCAUUUACUUUUGGUCUAAAGUAAACUCUGACAACGUCAAAUGUUCUAUGGUAAUCCACUUGAGAAAACGCAAGAUAUAUGGAAAAGCACGUUUCAAGUCUCUGAAAAUUGCAAGAACGACAGUAUCAUUCGCACGAAUCUAAGUUUGCAUAACCUAUUAAAGUAUUUUUUGUUUGCGCCAAAUUUGGAGAUCACCAUUUACUUGAAUAUAAUGGGUGACGCAACAAGGAAAUGGGUUACUUGAAUUUAUUUCUGCGUAACCGAUAAAUGGGUCACGCAGAUUUUCAAUUAUCAGAGGCUUGCAUUUGCAUGAUAAAACAUGUUAAUGGAAAGCAGGACAAAGCUACAUGUAUGUUUCAAGUUUAUGGAAAGAUUAAUUAAAAUAUUGCCUUCCACAACUUGAAUUGCAAGUGAGACCAAAAUGUUGACUUUUGUUUUGUUUUCAAUGUUGGCAUCUCUGAACCUGUAGAAACAUAGUUGUGUCCUCACUCUGUUCUGGUGUUUGUCAGCCCUUUUACCACAAUCACAUGGUUUUAUAGUCUGCAUCCGUCUACAAUCGUACUAUUUAUUGUUAAGUUUUCCUCUACAUUUUGAUUUUGAUGUUAGCAUCUAGUGUAGUAUAUCAUGUAAUGUAUGUCAUUAACAGUGUUGUAUUAUAAUUCUUUAAACAUUGGUAAUAAAGAACAUAAUUUUUUUACUACUAAGCUUGAAUGCAUGCAACUCGGUUACAAAUUAUUUUUAAAAUGUUUGUUAAUGAUAUAUACAUAUAUCUGUAAUGAGCUAUGAUAACAUAACAAGUAUCUGGCAUAUUUACUAUCCAUAUGACACUAAAUAAGUGGGUGACUUGCAUGUUUAUCAACAUCAUGGUCAUAUACUAAUAGAUGAGUGACAUAGCCACCAACCAGUACAUGACUUGCACAUGUACUCUUCUUGUGGCUACCAGUCUUUACUGUAGGCGACUGGAAUCAGAUGCCAGUUAAAAAAUAUAAAACAGAAACUUUAUACCUCAUUUUCUUUUGUGAGAUUCAAACUUAAUGUAAGAGUUCAAAGCAGACACUUAUGUGUCAUGUGUUUAAUGAGGAUGAAAAUAAAAAUAUUUUAGCCAAUAUAAUGGGUUUGAAACCUCGCAUGAAGUGUUAAACAGGCAUAAAAUAUCUUGUUUACAUCCCUUCCCAGCCAACAAAUGAUCAUAUAGUGAUCAGACAUGCCUAGUCUUGGACAGAACUCUCUGGGGAAGUCAGAGCUUGCACACACAACAGGUUUCUGAUAGAAGCACAACAAAAAGUCACAUACCCAUACUCAUUAAACAUAGGUGUGGUGUUUUGGUUUUGGUAGUUUUCUUAGAUGACAAUAUCACUUAAAAAGUUUGUAUUUCAGAUUUUCAUUAUCAUUAGAAGUACAAAAUGUACACAUAGCGGGUAAUCACAUUGUAAUACUAAACAGGAUGAGGGAUGUGUGAGAACAAGGUGCUACAAGAUGACAGGGCAGUAUUUACCAUCACUGAAGUAGUUUGUAUUAUUUCACUUCUUAAUUAACAGGAGGCGGGACGUAGCCCAGUGGUAAAGCACAUGCUUGAUGCAUGGUCUGUUUGAGAUCGAUCCCCAUUUCUCGUUCCAGCCAGUGCUCCACAGCUGGUGUAACAAAGGCUGUGGUAUGUACUAUC